AUACCUCCUGCAGUCUAGCAUAAUUUGGCAGUUUGACCCACUGGUUAAUAAAGGCUCUGCGUUUAUAUAACGCCUGGUUGGAACGGCUAUAUUUUACAGAAGCACGCAAAACUUAUACAAGAUUGCGAUGUGAUGAAGUACUCCUGCGGAUGAUAAAUUUAUGCUUAAAGGACAAUGGGCUAAUUUCUACUAAUCUCAAGAGUCAAAAGAAAAUUACGUCAAAUGAGCAAUGGAGCAAUCCAGCUGAACCGACAUGGCAGCAGAAGUGAAUUUAAUGAAUUUGGCAGAUUUAGAAGGCACAUAUGUGUCUCAACUUGGUGGCAAAGAAACCGAUGGUUCUGAGUUUGUUCGCAGUAUGAUACGCAGAGAAUACACACGCGACAAACAAGAUCCGAAUUUAUUCGCAAUCUAUCUUAAACUGUGUGGGAACAACCGUCACAUGGGUGCUGUGAGACUUCUCGAUGCGGAUAUUCCCCCUGUUUGUUCAGCUUUGUUGCUGAAACCUUGCAUCAACGUGUUGGAUUUACGAUACAAUCGUCUGACGGAUGCUGCAGCCAGUGUGUUAGCUGAUCUGCUUUCGUCCGACCUGGUGUUACGAGAGUUGAACCUGACGGGAAAUGACAUAACAGAAACUGGAGCCAUGUACAUUGCAAAUGGCCUCAAGGCAAACAAAAAGCUUCUUGUACUAAAGAUGAUUGGAAACCCAGUAGGGACGAUCGGAGGUCUCCGGAUAGCCCAAGCCUUACAAAUCAAUGACACUCUGGAGUUUAUCGAUCUGGGUGAAUGUGGUCAGACUGUCACAAGUUGCGUCGCGUUUGCAACGAUGCUGAGGUCGAACACAGCAAUUCGAAGUCUUAAUUUGAGUCGCCAACUACUGUGGACGCAGCAAGAAGAACCGACUGUACACGUGGGUGAUAUGUUAUGCGUGAACAAUACACUUAUAGAGUUACAUUUGGCCAAAGUCAAUAUGCGGGACUUCGGUGCUGAACGCAUCGCAGAUGCAUUGGAGCGAAACAGUACCCUGCAACUCCUCGACAUAAGUGGAAACCGUAUAGCACGUGAUGGAGCUGUGGCUUUGUCUCGUGUCCUAAUGGCAGACUGCUCUCUCGUCAUUUUGGAUCUGGCCUUCAAUCGUAUUCAAUGCGCAGGUGCAAAAGCGAUUGCAACUGCCCUACUGACGAACACCAGACUUAAGGUGCUUGCGGUACAAUUCUGUGAACUCAAAGGCCCUGGCUUGUGCAGCUUGGCAGAAGCACUGAUCACUAAUAACACAUUGAAUAAUAUUUACAUAUGGGGUAAUGAACACGAUGAAUCUACCUGCAUUGCUUAUUCCAAUUUACUGGAGAACGGAAGGUUGACACCAGAAUGCACCGAUGUUCGUCCUUACGUCGUCGAUGGUCGCGUUUACCUAGCUCGCCUGGAUCACGACAAUGAGUAUCGCCUCUAUCGUUUCUCCGUUCCGUGGUGGAAGAGCUUCGUGCCAAAAGAUCGAUCAGUCGCUCUUUUUUGAGUUAUUGUCUAGUGGAUAAUCCAGCAUGCCAAACGAGAUCGCUAUUUUAUUUUUGCUUCUUCACACUUAAUCACAUUUAACAUGGUACAUUUUAAUUAUUGUAGCCUCCUUUCCCCCUUUAUGCUUAUCCACCGUCUACAGUCUUGACGCUGUGAGUUGGAAAAGUGUCACAGAUCGCACUUUACGGCGCAUUGAUGAAAAACAACAGUUUUACUAGUUGCUACACAUGAGUAAAAGAUUGAUCUGCUUACGCUUUAUUAUGAUACGACUACAUCAGACAUUACUUUUUCACAAACAGUGCUCAGAGAGCCUUUUCUUCUAUUCAUUAUGUGAGUUAUCAAGGUAAAGGUGGAGUUUAUGGUCGAGUUCUGAAUGUGUAACUCGACAGCGCGGGCAAUCUAUAACGGUGAGCUGAGAAGUGACUGACAACUGCUGGUAAAACAGAUAUGGAAACACAG